AUGGACAGCUCGACACCGACACCAGAUCGGUCAAUCAAUGGGCUCAUCUUCUUUCUAACUCUAUCCCUAUUUCUUACAGCACUAACUUCUGGUCUGUUAGUAUGUUUAUCGAAAAUUUGGUGCAGCCAUAGAAAAUCAUCGAGUCAGAGCUUAACUGCCGCGCAGCGUCAGUCGGUACCCGUAGGAGGCUCAUUUACUGACAGCGAUUCGGACGAAGAAGCUCAACCAACAAGCAAUCGUCCACCGAUGGUGCGACGUCUUUGUAAGUGAAU